UGGCGGAAAUAUUUUCAUAGCACCGAUAUAGACACGAGGACGUGGCAAAAUUAUUUUGCACGUGACAACGGAUUUCGAUACGAUGCAAGUCACGAGCCGAAGGAGAAUGUGGAGAAGUUUGACGCGGAGCCAUAAGAACGUUUGACCCACAACCUCAGUCUCCUAUACCAGAGUAUCAUAUUAUGUCAUUCCCCAAGGCUGUUUCUUUUCCGGAGGAUAUCGCGCUGUUUUCCGGCAGUGCGCGCGUGUCACCACUCGCGCGAUUCAUUAGACGAGUCUGCUAUGGGUCCGGAUACUCUCUCGUGCUUGUGUACAUCGUGGCUAACUUUUUGGUGAAGCCGUUGCUCGAGGAGAAGUAUGCCCUCAGAAAGGACGUGUUGCGGUACUUGCGGAUGAAACUCGUGUCGUACAUUCUCAAACUUUCACUGGAAGUGGAACGAGUGCCGGUGGUGGCGCUCAGCCGGAACGGAAAGUUGUACAACGAAAUCGCGACCCAGACGGAUAAGCCCAAAGAGACAGGCUAUUCAGCAUACAUGCACAGCUAUGCGGAAGAAGAGGUGGAGGAAGACGACACGUUCAAAACCGGGCGGCUCGUCAAAAAGUUGGACUACAUCCACGCACAGCUUGUAGAGUUGCACUGCCAGAACGAAAACACCCAGAAAGAGCUCCAUCCGUUACACUUCCAGAUGAUAGACCUCCUGGCCCAUGUUCAGUCAUUGUAUACAGACCCUCACAACCCCAAGGGGCCGCGAGCUGGUCGCAGUUCAGCGUUGGAUGUUAAACAGGAUAUCCGCAACAUUAAGGGGUUGUACAUAAGUGGCCAGGUGUAAUGUAAUUACUGGGAAUGAAAUUAUGCAGAAUUAAAGAUCUAGGAGAGAGUUUGAAGAUGUAGCGGUAAAUCGGAUCCUUGUCAGAAUCAAUAAUCGUUGUCCAUAGCAUUGACUUGGACAAUCGCUCAAACCAUGUUAACUUUAUAUAUAUUACCAUAACUAGCU